UUACUUCCAAUUUUAACAAGCAGAUUAUACUAUCUGAGUUUACUGCGUUAAAAUUAAGUCGUUAAUUAAGUCGUUAAGAGAAAUGUAGUCACAGCUGGUGUUUGUUUGACUAUUGUAUAGAUUCAGUGAGGAGACAAGGCUGAUAGGCACGCUGUGGGAGAAGCAGUUUUAGCCCUUAGCUGCUAAACAAACAACAAACCACCUAAACCAGCCCAGCCCGAGGAUACUGGAGAGCCUGGAUUGCGAGAAUGGAGGAGCGUUUUGCCUUCCUGGCCGAGUGGUACGACCCGAGCGCAGCCCUGCUGCGCAGAUACCAGCUGCUAUUCUACCCUAAAGACGGAUCUGUGGAGAUGUUUGAUGUAAAGAACCAGCGGACAUUUUUGAGGAGGACGAAGUAUGAUGAACUCCAUCCAGAGGAUCUAUUUGUGGGGAACCGGGUAAACGUCUUUUCUCGGCAGCUCAACCUCAUUGACUAUGGAGACCAAUACACCGCCAACAAACUGGGCAGCAAGAAAGAGAGGACUCUGGCAAUGAUUAAACCGGACGCAGUGACCAAAGUGGGCGAUAUUAUUCAGAUGAUUUAUGAUGCAGGCCUUAUUGUGACCAAAGCCAGAAUGACCAGGCUGAGCGGGAAGCAGGCGGCGGACUUUUACAUGGAACAUCAGUCAAAGUCUUUUUUUAAUAACCUGGUGCAGUUUGUGAGUUCUGGACCAGUGAUUGUAAUGGAGCUGAUGGGAGACGAGGCGGUGUCAGUGUGGAGGAAAGUUCUGGGUCCCACUGACUCCAGUGUGGCACGCAAAGACGCUUCAGCCAGCCUCCGUGCCCAGUUUGGCACAGAUGGCACCAAAAACGCUGGGCAUGGCUCGGACUCAAUGGCGUCUGCAGCAAGAGAGCUGGAGUUCUUUUUCCCCUCCACUGCGGGACACAGCCCCCCCAACACUGCCAAAUUCUCUGACUGUACCUGCUGCAUUAUUAAACCUCACGCUGUCUCAGAGGGUCUGACAGGAAAGAUCCUGAACUCCAUCACAGAAGCUGGAUUUGAGAUUUCUGCUUUGCAGAUGUUCAGUCUGGAUCGAGCGAAUGCGGAAGAGUUUUUGGAGGUGUAUAAAGGGGUGGUGACUGAGUACACGAGUCUGGUAGCAGAGCUGUGUUCCGGUCCCUGCAUGGCGCUGGAGAUCCUCAGCACUGAUGCACCCAGAGAGUUCCGAAUGUUCUGCGGUCCGGCCGACCCGAUUUCAGGAACUGUGAGGGAUCUCCCAGCUUCGAGGGUCGGCAGAGCAGUUUGCAGAGAUCAGGAAAUUGCACGACAUCUGCGGCCAACCACGUUAAGAGCUCUCUAUGGCAAAAACAAAGUGCAGAACGCCGUCCACUGCACCGACCUGCCUGAGGAUGGAUUACUGGAGGUCCAAUAUUUCUUCAAGAUUUUAGAUGGAUGAGGCACUUCCACCAAACUUCCUUUUCUGAUUCAUAUUUAAGUAUUGAAAAUAAAAUAAAUAACAUUGACACAA